AUGGGACACGGCCGGACAAGAGAAAUUCAAAUGCAUCGCGUCGGCGUAUUACAGGGGCGCUCAAGUAAUUAUCACCGUCUUCGAUCUGGCUGACAUCCGGACUUUGGGCCACGCCAAGCGAUGGCUGGAGGAUGCCAUGAUGGAGAACGACACCGAUGCUGCGUCCAUCUCCUUGUUCCUUGUCGGGAUGAAGAAGGAUUUGUUGUCGGACGCCGAAUUGCACCGGAUGGAAACAGACGCCGUACGCAUCGCCAAUGAAAUGGGAGCGGAGUAUUGGUCAGUCUCGGCCAAAACAGGGGAGAACGUCAAGGACUUCUUUUUGCGCGCCGCCACCUUGGCUUUCGAAAAGUGCAUCUUGGCGGCAAUGGACGAAAACAGCGGACGCAAUGCUGAAAUCGGGAGCCUCCUCCGAAUAGAAAGGACUGCGCUGGACACUUUGGACGCCAACGGUCAAGCGAACCCGAACUGCUGUUAGCAGCCAGUGAUCAAGCGGAAGAGUGACCGGACAAGUGACCGCCAUUCAAAAUGGAGGAGACGGAGCCGUGACUGCACCGGAAGUGGCGAAACCACGCAGUCAGAUUUACUUGCCUCGCCGCCGUGGUUUUUAAUUUUUACGUAAGCGUCGUCGACGCCUCCUC